AAGCACCGAUUGUUUGACGGAUCGGAUGUCAGUCUCAGAGAUAUCAAAGUGAAUGCCAUUGAUUUGAAUAACGACCAGAAAAUUUCACCGUUUGAUAGGAUUUGCAAUGUUUUCAAUAAAUUACAUAUUGAUUACGACCGCAAAGAAGUGCUCCAUUGGUUGUCAAUGUUGUGCACCAUUCCUCUCGUUGCCAUCAAAUGUGGUGACAAACAUAUACUUAAGGUAUUUGGCGCUAUCGGUAUCGGUCUAUACCCGCAGUACUUACUGCUCGACCACAGCUGUCAACCAAACUCUGCAUUCAUUCCCAUUAUAAGCAAAGGACUAACGACACAAUUGCGGGCAAUGAGACCAAUAGCUGUGGGCGAAGACAUUACCAUUAGUUUAGUCGGAUUGUGUAAAAGCCGUGCCGACAGACGGGAGGGACUGGAGUUCUGGUCAAUAGUGUGUGAGUGCGACAAAUGUGUCCACCAUUUGGACCGAGGAUUGGAUUAUUUCGCAAAGUUUGCGCUUCCGUUCCCGAGCCGUGUCUUCGCAUUCGACACGCGAUUAAUGGAUUAUUUGCGGGAAGUGUUGACUGACUUGAAUGUGGCGUUCGGUGAAUACAAUCCGCAGAAGACUAUGUUUCUCUUGAAAAUUGUGUUCGAAUUAAUGAAUUGUCCGCUAAUUCCCGAACCCGUUAUGAAUGAAAUGAAAGCCGAUUUACUGAAAGCAAUU